AUGGCAAAAUCUAGUGUAAAAAAAGAAAAUAAAAAUACUUUUAAUAAAAAAAAAGAAAUUAGCAAGAUUCCAGCAAAAAAGGGAGGAAUUUCUAAGUUAACUUCUGAGAAGGAACAAACAAAAUCAGUCGCAAAAGCUAUAAAAAAAGAAAUUGAAGAAAAAAAAAAAAAGGUUGAUUCAGUCAUAAAAGAGUCUUUAAAAAAUGAUUCUGACUCUAGUUCAAAUAAUUCAGAAAAUUCCGCAGCUUCUGAUAUUUCCUCUGAAAAAUCUUCAAAGGAUAUAAGCUCUAAAAAGACUCAAAAAAAAAACUCAUUAUCUAAAAAUAAUUUAAAAAAAUUGUCUGGAAGUUCAAAUUCUGAAGAUUCUUUAGAAAAUCUAAAUUACGAAAAUCCAUUAAAAGCUCAGAAAUUAUCUAAGGAAAUAUUAAAAAGUCAAAGUCUUUCCAAUACUUCUAAUUCUUCUAAUAAUUCAGACUCUUCUGAUUCUUCAGAUGAUUCUGAUUCUAAAUCUAGUAAUUCAGAAUCUAAUGAGUCUAGUGCUUCUGAUAAUUCUAUAAUAUCUGGUAAUUCUACUACUUUGAAUAGUUCGGAGACAGUUGGUGAUUCUAGCUCCUCUAAUAGUUCUGCUUCUGAUGAUUCUGUUUCCUCUCACGAUUCCGAAUCUUCUAACUCCUAUACAUCUAGUGAUUCUGAUUUAAAAAAUUCUUCAAAGGAUUUUGCAUCUAAAAGUUCAAGAGUUGAAGAUUCUCAAAAAAUCAAACAAAAUGUUGAUUCUAAACCUAUUUCAAAAAAUCUUAAAAAUAUUAAAACAAAAACUAAAGACUUAGUUAUUAAGAAGUCAAUUGGGUCUUCUAAAGAAGACAAGGAUAUUAAAAAAUUAGAUAGUAGCGGAAAUUUUAAUAAUAAAAAAUUGAAUACUAAGAAAUCGACUAAUAAAGAAAUAUUACUUAGUGAUGAAGGAUUACCUGAUAAAAGAGUUACUGGUAAAAAAGAACUUAAGGAUAAUAUGAGUUUAGACAAUAAAAAUGAUUCGAAUAAGGAUAAUACUUCAAAUAAUAAAGAAGAUUUAAAUGAUAAUAAGAUCUUGUCUACUACUGUUAGUUUUCAUACCACUAGUGCUUCGAGUGAUAACUCUAAUCUUAACUCUAACAAUGAUUCUAGUAAUAAUUCUAGCAACGAUUCAAAUAGUAACUCUAGUGAUUCUGGUAGCAAUUCUGAUAGUAAUUCUGACAGCGAAUCUGGUAGUGAGUCUGACAGUGGAUCUAGCAGUGACUCUGCCAAUGAUUCUGACACUGACUCUACUAACUCUGAUAAUGAAACUGAUAAUUUAGGCAGUGACUCUGAUAGUAGUUCCAGUGAUAAUUCUAGCAAUAGUUCUAGCAGUGAUUCUAGCGACAGUUCUGAUAACAGGAGCCACUCAAAUAACAAUAAGAAUAUUGAAGUUUUUCCGAAAAAUAAUUUAAAAAAAAAAUCAAAAAAGGAAAAUAAACAUACACUUAUUAAUAAUGAACCAUCUGCUACCAAAAAUAUUAAACAUAAAAAUAUUAAAGACUCGCAAAAAAAAAGAAAAGAAGCACCUGUUGAAACUGAUAAAGAAGAAAUUAAAAAGAAUAAAACAACUACAAAGGAAGAUAGUCAAGAAUCUACAACUAUUUUUGUAGGGGGUCUUAGUUGGAACAUAAAUGAUGAUAGGCUUGCUAAAGAAUUUGAAAAUGUUGGAACUGUUAUUAGUUCUAGAGUUAUUACCAACAAAAGCUCUGGGAAGUCAAAAGGAUUUGGCUAUGUUGAGUUUUCUAAGCCUGAAGAAGCACAAGCUGCUCUUGCAUGUUCAGGAAAGGAAAUAGAUGGGCGCGCUAUUAAUGUUGAUAUAAGUACAAAACGUUCACUUGCUCUUAAAGAUACUAUUAAUGCACGGGCAAAUAAAUAUGGAGAUAUUCAAAGUCCGAAGUCAAAUACACUUUUUAUUGGUAAUUUGUCAUUUAAAGCUAAUGAAGAGGCCAUAAGAACAGCAUUUUGUAGAAUAGGUAAAAUUUCAGGAAUCAGACUGCCUACAGAUCGUGAAACAGGUCGAUUGAAAGGUUUUGGUUAUAUUGAAUUUUCUACUGUUAACGAAGCGGAAAAAGCUAUUGAAAUGAACGGUCAUUUUAUUUGUGGACGACCUAUUCGUCUAGAUUUUUCAACUACUAAAGAUAAUAAUACUGUUCAUAAUGUUUUCAAUAAUUCAUCUAGUGGUUAUGAAAAAAAAAUUCGUAAAGGAGGUCCUCAAAAGUUUGCUAACUCAAAAGGAAAAAUGAAUUCUACUAAUCGUAGUGGAUUUAAUGAAUUCUCUGGCAAAAAAACCAAGUUUUGA